GCGUCACAACAUUUUAUCAACUGUUUAAGUCAACUACGCGUAAACAAAGUUAAAAAAUGAAAUUUUUUAUUAUCUUUUUUUUAUUCCUUUUUGCUUUCGGUUUGGCUGCUCCACCUAAAAAACCAGAACAAACGGAAAUUUUGCGUCACGACACGGAUUUUGGAAUAGAUUCCUUUAGAUAUGCCUUUGCUACAAGCGAUGGUACGGAGGCUCAAGCUGAAGGUCAGUUAAAAAACGCCGGCCAGGACGAUGAAAGUCUUGUUAUUCGUGGCGUCUAUACGUACGUAGGCGAUGAUGGUCAAACUUAUACAGUUACCUAUCUAGCGGAUGAGAAUGGUUUUCAACCUCAAGGCGAUCAUUUACCGGUUUCUUAA